AAUCAAACCGUCAGUUAAGUAGGCAGAGCAAUUUUCUAUUAUAAAUACGAAAUAUGGAUUUAGAUAUAGAAAAGAUUCAUAGUAUUUUGACCGAAGCCAAUCUUCCGUCAACUAUAAAUGAUCUGAAAAAUCCAACAGAAGAAUAUAUUGUCAAUCUAAUUAACACAUUUCUAAGAAGAUUUCAUAUCGAUGUUAGUUCAAUUGAUAAGCCAACAAUGGAACAGCAGGACAUAAUGUCAUGUUGUGAAGACUUUACUAUAAUUAAACUUAUAAAUUUAUAUGUUGCUAUGGCUCAAAUAUAUGAUCGAAUAUAUAUAAAAGAUCUCUGUAUUACAGAUAUCACUAGUCCAGGCUCAAAGAAAGUUCGCAAACAAGCAAAAUUCCUAGCAAAUUUUAUAUUGUACGCAACAAAUAAAGAAUCCGACAUUGAAGAGAAAGUCAAUGAAAUUCAGAAUCGAGCAAAAAUCUUGCAUGAUAUUUUGGAAAAGAAAAAUGAAACAGUAGAAGCUAUAAAUAAUAACACACAGCAUGUAAAAAUGCAAUUAUCAACAAAGGAAAAGUAUAUUGCUGAAAUUCAAAAGCUACAAUCUAAACUUGAGAAGAAUAAUAAAAAACAUAUUGAAUUAGUAACAAGGAUGUCAGCUGCAGAAGAAGAAAAGCAAAAAGCUGUGGAACUUUGUGGCACUUAUAAAGCACAAGCAUUAAAGUUGAGUAAAGCAAUAACGGAAUUACAAUCAGAGAUUGUAAAAUCUCCUGAAGAAUAUCAAAAGCGUUUAAAUGAGUUAGAACAACAACAAAGUGCUAAAAUCGAAGAACGUGAAACAAUACAAGAAGCAUUCCAAGAUAAAAAGUGUUUAAUUGAGAAACAGAAAAAUGUAUUGACUUUCAUUCAAGAACAAUUGGAAAAAUUCGCCGAAAUUCGAGAUAUACAUGAUCGAUUAAAAAAAAUAAAAGUGCAAGAGGUUACUACAAAGAAGCAUGUUGAUACUCUUAGAACAGAUGUUGCGGAAUUUGAAAGAAAAUUAGUAGUUCAAAAGGAUCAUGAUAAAGAAGAUGAAAUAAACGAAAUUCAAAUACAGUGUGAAGAACGUCUCUCUCCUCUACGUAAUUUAAAUGCUCAAUUAUCAAGUAAUAAAAAGUCGUGUAAAGAAAAGUUGGAGGAAGUACAAAUUAAAUAUAAUGAAGAUUGUUUAGAACUGAAGAAAAUUCAAAACACAAUAAAGAAAUUAGAAAAUGAAACUGUAGGACUUUUCAAAAAUUAUCAAGAUUUAUAUAACAAUGAAAUCUCAAUUGAAAAAUCCUUAUGGAAAACAUGGAUAACUGAAUAACAAUUGUAUUGUUAUGACAAUUGUUAUAAUUGAAUGAUAAUUGCAUAUUGUAUAAAUGUGUAGGAAUAUAUAUUCAG